GCUGAGACUCAGCUGCAUGAGGAUCUGAAGCAUCUCCCUUUUGUUCCCGCCGCACCCCGACAAAUGGGAAAGGACCGGAGUUUCUCUCGGCAUUUUCGGAUUUUCAUCCCCAAGAAGCACCGGCAGCGGUUUGAUGAGGUGGUGUCGCAGAGCCUGAUCAGCAAGCUGUGCCGUUCCAAGAGCGAGCAGCACAGCAACCGCCUGCGCCGCAGCCGGAGCGAGGACCACCAGGAGCGGCUCCUCGUCUCCACCCGCGCCAGCUCCGUGCCCCGCAGCCACGAGGAGACCAGCAAGAGCCUGCGGAAAACCACUUCGCUCAUCACCAGCAAUGUGGCCUCGGGGGCUGCCCGCAGAACUGUGCGAGUUUAUAAAGGCAACAGAAGCUUUGGCUUCACACUACGUGGCCAUGCCCCAGUGUGGAUCGAGUCUGUUCUGCCAGGGAGCCCAGCUGAGAAGGCUGCUCUCAAAGCUGGAGACCGGAUCCUGUUCCUCAAUGGUCUGGACAUGAGGAACUGCUCCCACGACAAGGUGGUGUCGAUGCUGCAGGGCAGCGGGGCGAUGCCCACCUUGGUGGUGGAAGAGGGGAUCGUCAACUUCUCCAACGACUCUGACUCUGCUGACUCCCCGAGCACCUCCUCUGCCCUCACCUCCCUGCAGUGGGUCGCAGAGAUACUCCCCUCUAGCAUCAAGAUUCAAGGAAGGACCUUCAACCAGCAGCUGGAGCACCUGCUGACUCCACCUGAGCGCUAUACCAUCUGCAAAGCGCUGGAAGGCUUCUUCCAACAUCGGAACAUUGACACUCUCAUUGUGGAUGUGUACCCGGUGCUGGACACACCGGCCAAGCAAGUCAUUUGGCAGUUUGUCUACCAGCUGCUGACGUAUGAAGAGCAGGAGCACUGCCAGCAAAAGAUUGCCAGGUUUCUUGGUUACAAGUCCUUGGCAGCUGAGCCAGAAGCAGAGGAUCGCUACCGCAGCUCCGUGCGAGGGGCCUCCUUGUGCCGGGGAAGCCUUCGAACCCCCCGUCCCGAGGAGGGGGGGGCAGCAGGCCAGAGCGAUACCGUGGAGGUCCCAGUUCGCCUGAUCCCUGGAGAGAGACAGGCUGGUGAUGGCACAUCCCUCCCGGAGACACCCAACCCCAAAAUGAUGUCAGCUGUCUAUGCAGAAUUAGAAAACCGCCUGAUCGGCAGCUUUGCUAGCAAGAUGGGUAACGCUGCCCUGCACCGAGCAUCGCCUCCUGCCCCAGAGCGGGCACACACUGCUGCAGGUGCUCGCAAGUCGGGAAUGACGAUCUCGUGGCCGAGCGACCCUCUGGCCUCCCAGCAGUGCUACUACCGCCUGCACAGCAGCGUGGCCUCCCCGACCAGCACCGAGUCCAACCCCUACGUCAGCCUCGACAGCAGCCCAGCCCCGUCCCCCAAGCACCGGGACUACCGGCUCAGCCCUCUGUCGCGACGGAAGAAGCUCUUCACCUUCUCCAGGCCCCCGCGCAGCCGUGACACUGACCGAUUCCUGGAUGCCCUCAGUGAGCAGCUGGGACACCGGGUCACCAUCGUGGAUGACUUCCUCACCCCUGAGAAUGACUACGAGGAGAUGAGCUUCCAUGAUGACCAGGGCAGCUAUGUCACCAACGACGUCAGCAGCAGCGAGUACAUCAGCAGCAGUGACGAGGGCAGCUCCCUGACCUACUCCACCCUCUCGGACCACAUCCCCCCCCCACCGCUCAGCCCCCCACCGCCACCACCCCCUCUGCAGUGGGACCAUCCAUGGGCACUGCCCCCCUCGCUGCCCAACCGCCGGAGCGAAUCCAACCACAUGAGCGUCAAGAGGCUGCGGUGGGAGCAGGUGGAGAACUCGGAAGGGACCAUCUGGGGGCAGCUCGGGGAAGAUUCUGAUUAUGACAAGCUGAGUGAUAUGGUCAAAUACCUCGACCUGGAGCUGCACUUUGGGACGCAAAAGCCUACAAAGCCAACUCUCUUGCCUGAAAACUUUAAAAAGAAAGACGUGGUUGAAAUUUUGUCCCACAAAAAGGCCUACAACACAUCCAUCCUGAUAGCCCACCUCAAGCUCUCACACAUCGAACUGCGCCAGAUCCUCAUGACGAUGGAGACGGACCGCCUGGAACCUUCCCACAUCAAGCAGCUCUUGCUGUACGCCCCGGACGGGGAGGAAGUCCAGCGCUUCCAGAGCUACAAGGAGAACCCAGGGAAACUGAGUGAGCCCGACCAGUUUGUGCUGCAGAUGUUGUCAGUACCAGAAUACAAGAUCCGUCUGCGCAGCCUACAUUUUAAGACCACUCUGCAGGAGAAGACAGAGGAGAUCAAAGCUAGCUACGAGUGCAUCUGCAAGGCCUCUCUAGAGCUGAAAAGCAGCAAGAAGCUGGCUAAGAUCUUGGAGUUUGUGCUGGCGAUGGGAAACUACCUGAACAACGGGCAGCCCAAGACCAGCAAAACAACAGGCUUUAAAAUCAACUUUCUCACCGAGCUGAACACAACCAAGACUGUUGAUGGGAAAUCCACCUUCCUGCACAUUCUUGCCAAAUCACUUAGCCAACAUUUCCCAGAACUCCUGGGCUUCGCCAAGGAUCUUCCUACAGUGCCGCUCGCUGCCAAAGUGAAUCAAAGAACGCUAACGGCUGACCUAAAGGACCUGCACACCACCGUCAGUGACAUACAGAUGGCCUGUCACAACAUGCCAGCUACUGCAGAGGACAGAUUUGCAAUUGUGAUGACCUCCUUCCUGGAGAGUGCCCAGCCUGCCAUGCGAUCCCUGGACGACCUGCAGCACAAGGCCAUGGAGGAAUUCAGCAAGGUGUUGUCCUUCUUUGGGGAAGACUCAAAAAUGACAACUUCUGAAGCCUUCUUUGGCAUUUUUGCAGAAUUCAUGAGCAAGUUUGAGCGGGCACUCAGCGAUGUGCAGGUCGGCGAGAGCCAGCGCAGCCCCAGGAUGACCUCCCCCCUUGCCUGGUGACGGGCCUGCAGCAAUGCAAGGUGCAACAAUUUAUUGCCAACAAAGUGCAAUUUGCUCCUGUUGAGUUUGGUUGUAAAUACGCUGCUGUCACCUGCUACCACCAAGCAGAACCACGGACCGAGGGGUCGGGGAAGUAUAGACACUGAAAAGGCACCACAGGUGGUGGAUGGAUGCGAGGGUGAGACACAGGGACAAGGAGGUAAACACCAUGCUGGUCUUGACAACAGCUUCCUUAGCAUCCUCCAUUUCUAGUGUACUACUGAGUCAAGGAUUUCAGACACAUCUGGGUAAAACCCCGCUCUCCCGUGUUUCCACAACAUGUAUAACUGGCACCAGCAGUCGCUGGAGACCUUCCCCAUGUCCCCACGGCCAGUGUCUGAGCAUGGCUGUGCAAGGAGUCAGCCCUCACGGGAUACAGCUUCCCCAGGCAGGCAGGCUCACCCUUGCCAGCCUCGGGGACAGGGUUAGAGCCUGGCCACCGACUCCUUGGGGAGCCAGAGCAGGUCAGACAGGGAAAGGAGUGUGGGGAGAUGAGGGCUGCCACCAGUGCCUGCUCCCCCGGAACCCUGAGGAGCAAAGCUGCUGAGCUCCUCUCAAAUCCCUCUCCAAGCCCUUCUGCCCUUGAGCUGCCUUGCAGCGGCUGGAGCUCCAACUGAGGAGACCAUAACAGUGGAGCUGAGAUCGACAGGGGUGGCCCAGAGGCUUUAAUCCCCUGCCAUUACCGGCCAGUGGCAACAGAAAGCAAUAUGACCUUGCAGAACCCUUCUGGUUCCUCUGUGUGGUCCCAAAUACGGAUCCAGUUUGGUUCCACCCAGCUGCACUGGAGAGGAAGGAAAGCCCAGAGUCCUUCCUGGCCGUCAGCUUUGCUUAAAGGUGUGGCAGAGACUGACAGGUCUUGAAAUCUUCCCAAGAGUUUAACAUCAUCAGCACUAGACUUAUUUAAACUCACCAGGAGACAUAAACCCCUGAGCAUUUUGGUGCCUCCUUGGAAAGUACAAAGCCCCUGGUAGCCUAAAAAUGAGUGGGAGUCCUCUGCAGCCCCGGGUACCACCUCUGAGGCAGGGCAGAGACCUCCGAGAAAUACAUCCCCUGCCCUCCUUUAUGCUCUCCUGAGGGAUGGAGUCCUGAGAGUCCCUUUACUUUGUGAUUUGACCCGUCGUUCAUGCUGAACAUACCCAGGGAACUCUAGAAGCAUGCACGUCCAUCUUUCAACAGCGUCUGGUUGUUACUUGGGUGACUUGAUUCCUUCGGAAACAUCCCCCCGGGGAUGAAAGGGCUAGCGGCAUCCCGUGCUCAGUGCAUGCCCCGCCGGGCCACACAGUGCCCUCAGAGCUUUACAGCAGCAAACCUACAGUGCGUUAAUGUUGUGAGGCAAAAUGCAUCCAUUGCCUUUCAAACCUGACAUCCCCUCCCGUGGAAGCGCUCCAGCCAGCCGUAGCGUAGGUAACCUCCCUCCCGUCUGUUGCCAGAGCAAGAGCUCCCACUGCAGCCCCUGCUCACCUUGGGAAUCACCAACUGGUGCAUUAUUCAUGGGAGACCUUAUGACCACCAGAUCUUCGGUUUUCAGUAUUUUUUUAAACCCUGCUGUAGAAAGUGAAGUAUAUUUUCACAAGUGUUCUCAGUUUAUACAGCUUUAAGUGCCAGGUAGUUUCUAGCCUUGUGUUCCCAGAGGUCCAGCCCCGUCUGUCUCUGCCUCUCCUCUGACAGGGCAGUGCUCACUCAGCUCCUCUUUCCCUUCUGGAUGUUGCACACUGCAUUCAGUUGAUCUUUUCUUUCUUUUUUUUUUUUUUUUUUUUUUUUAAAAACAUAUUUAAACCACUGGAGGUUCUUCUGAAACUGUCGUUACAAAUGUGAAAAUGCUGUACAUAGAUUUUGCUACAUGUUGUAACUUUCCAAAAUAGUUAGAAGUCCAAUCCCUUUGGUAUUUUUAUGUGAAUAUUUUCAAAGAACCAGAACUUCUGACAUGGUGAUAUUAUUUGAUAAUGGGACUAUGUAUAUUCACAGUUCAGCCUCUACCCAAUGCCUAUGUGCUAUUCCUAAAAUAAAGCUACUGCCUUCUGCCUCCUGACUGCA